AUGGGGAACUGCUGCGAGGCCAUGUGCAACGUUCGAAAGAACACCAACGUGAGGGUCAGUCUACCUGUAGUCUGCUUCGUGUGGCAGAUUGCGAUGGUCAUCCUUUUUGGAGUGUUCAUCCGCUACGAUGAUGAGUCUGACGCUCACUGGGAGGAAUUCAAAGAGGAAAACAACAUCACCAGCGAUAUUGAAAAUGACUUCUACUUCAGAUAUCCCAGUUUCCAGGACGUCCAUGUCAUGAUCUUUGUUGGAUUUGGUUUCCUGAUGACCUUCCUGAAACGCUACAGCUUUGGAGGGGUGGGCUUCAACUUCCUGAUCGCCGCCUUCGGCCUGCAGUGGGCUCUUCUCAUGCAGGGUUGGUUCCACGCCCUCAACCCCGACACUGGAAAAAUCACCAUCGGAGUUGAGAGUUUGAUCAAUGCUGACUUUUGCUGCGCCGGCUCUCUGAUCGCCUACGGAGCCCUGCUGGGGAAGGUCAGCCCUGUCCAGACGUUGGUAUUCACCCUGUUUGGCGUCACACUCUUCGCCGUGGAGGAAUACAUCAUCCUCGACCUUCUACACUGCAGAGAUGCCGGUGGCUCCAUGGUCAUCCACGCCUUUGGGGGUUAUUAUGGUCUGGCUAUCUCCUGGGUUCUGUACCGACCAAAGCUCAAUCUAAGCAAACGCCUGAAUGGAUCCGUGUACCACUCGGAUAUGUUCGCCAUGAUCGGUACGUUGUUCCUGUGGAUGUUCUGGCCCAGUUUCAACUCAGCCAUCACAGACCAUGGGGCCGGUCAGCACCGAACGGCCAUCAACACGUAUAUCGCCCUGGCGUCAUCCGUCCUCACCACGGUGGCUAUAUCCAGCGUGUCCCAGAAGAGAGGCAAACUGGACAUGGUUCACAUCCAAAAUGCCACCUUGGCUGGCGGCGUUGCCAUGGGAACUGCGGCUGAGUUCAUGAUCAUGCCCUACGGUGCACUCAUUGUGGGCUUCCUCACUGGCAUCAUUUCCACUUUUGGCUAUCUUUUUCUCACGCCAUUUUUUGAAAAAUACCUGAAGCUGCAGGACACAUGCGGUGUCCACAACCUACAUGCCUUGCCGGGUAUGCUUGGCGGCUUUACUGGCGCAAUUGUGGCCGCGGCUGCCACUGAAUCGGUCUAUAGCGAACAGGGACUUAUCGACACCUUUGACUUUGAAGGAAAGUUUAAGAACAGGUCUGUCGGCACGCAGGGGGGCUUCCAGGCCGCUGGCACGUGUGUGUCCAUUGCCUUUGGGCUUGUAGGAGGAGCUCUUGUUGGUCUCAUCCUCAGGAUCCCUAUCUGGGGCGACCCCGCCGACGACAACUGCUUCGAGGAUGAAGUCUACUGGGAGGUCCCAGAGGAAGAGGAAAGCAUCCCUCCAGUGUUGGAGUAUAACAACCACAUGAUCAACAAGCACCAAGAGCUAUCGGAGUCCAACUUUUCUGUGGAGCAAAGCUAG